AAAAAUCGAUAUUAUAUUGGAGCUAGAACUAAUUAAAUAAUGAAUUGAUAAAGUGUGCAAUUAUAGAUUUGAAAUGUGCAAUUAAUGUGCAAUUAAGAGCACUUAUUCAUUUUUUUCUGCUGUUAAGGUUCCUUGCCUGCGUUCGUACGGUCUGUGAUGCACGUAAAAAAAGCACCAAGAAUGGAAACACAUUAGUGUUAUUGUUUGUGAAUGUAUAUGUGCACAGUUUAUUUAAUGUGUUAUUAUAAAAUUAUAAAUUUCAUAUUUGAUUGAAACGUAAUCAUGUCAUUGUUAAUUACAAAUUUAUAGUUAAUAAUACGUCACGUUUCUUAUUAAAAAAUAAAUUCUAGGUUAAAUAACCUAUACGUCUUAACUGGUAUGCUAAUAUAUCAUUGAAUUGAUCAACAUGAACGGAACGAAUGUUUCAAUGGAUCUUUCAAGUGACAAUUUUAAUUCAUUAAAAGCAUGUCAGGAAAUUAUUCUAAAUAAAGCAUUAAAACAGGGAAUUCAAAGAAAUGAAGAACAAUUUAAAGUAUGGUCAGAUUAUAAGAAAAGACAUAAGAAAGUUAUAGAAGCGCUGGAAAAAUUACCUUUAGAGUUAUCAAUCAAUUGUAUGGUACCUAUUGGUAAGCGUGCAUUUAUGAAAGGGAAGUUGAUACACACUAAUGAAGUCUUGGCUUGCAUCGGAGAUGGUUAUUUUGCAAAGUAUAGUGCUGCUAAAGCAAUAGCUCUAUGCAAUCGUAGAAUUCAAUCUACGGACGAGAUGCUGACGAAUUUAGAAAAGGAAAGAAAUUUAUACGAAAUGAGACAAUUUGUUUGUUCGGAGUUGGAUGUUUUCGGUAAAAACGAAAAGAAAGAUUUUACGGCAUACUGGGACGAGAAAAAAUUAGAUGAUUGGAGAGUUGAACACAGACGACGAGAAAAAGAGUAUCACCAAAAGUUGUCGGAGUUAAGGAAAAAAGAAAAGACUGAAAUUAGAACAGAAGAAGAUCUUUUUAAAAGAUUAGACGAGUUGGAACUUCAAGAAGAAUUAGAUGAUGAAUUGAAUAGGUUGGAGGAUGAAGAUGAAGAUUAUUAUGAGGAAGAAUUGGAAGAAGAAGAAGAAGAAUACAAUGAAUUGGACGAAGAAGAACAUAACGAAUUAUAUGAAGAAGAAGAAGAAGAUGGCGAAAAUUCCGAGGAUCAAGAUGAUUAUGAAGAAAUAGAAAAAGAAUUGAAUAAAUUACGAGAAAUUCAAAUGGGUAGAAAAAUGAACGGACAGUCGACGGAAUUUAAUAUUAUAAAUAAUAUUGUAAAUACAAACAAGGAAAUAUCUGAAAGUAAUAUAACGAAAACUGAAAAAGUAGAUGAGAAAACUUUGUUGAAAACUAUUGACGAGAGUUCCUGUAGUAAUUGUAACGAUGAAAACGAAUCAAUUAAGGUUGUUGCUCAAUCAAGAAUUACGAGCGAUGUAAGUGGAGAGAAAAUCAAAUUAAAGGAAAAGAAAAGAAGAGUAUCGUUUGCCGAACCAGAUAUUUCGAUAUUCGAUGGUAAUAGUGAAUUAAUUUCUGUUAAAAAUCAAGAUAAACAAAGUACAGUGUCGUCGAAUGACGAUCCAAGCGAUUCUGCAAAUAAUAGCGAUGAUGAUAUUAUUAGAAUAGAAUUUAAACAUACGGACAAUAAUUUCUCUCUACCAGAAUCGACAGGGAAUGAAAUAACGUCGCCUAGAGAUAUAUACGAUAUAUUUUCAAAACCAAAAUCGAUAUUGAAAAGAUCGCCGAACGAUGUAAUGCCUUUGCAAAAUAUUUCUUUACCUACAUAUAGUUCAGGGGAGGAAGAGGAAGAAGAAGAAGAAAAAGAAAGUGCAGGCGUUAAACCUUCCGCUUACCAUUGCAUCGUGAAGAACAUUAGCGAGACGGAAUUAGCAACGCCUAAGAAAAAGAACGAUGAAAUUAUUAAGGAGAAGAAGAAAAAACCGCUCAGUAAAUUUAAAAUGGAGCGUUCUUUGUGCGUCAAAUAAAUGAAAUAAAUAUAUCGAUCUUGAAA